UUCACAACAUGUUGUUUUAUUCAUUGGAGAAAUCAAGUCAAAUGUCUGCUUAUCCAGCAGAUUUGGACUCUGAGUUUCAAAGGUUUCAACUUGAAAUUGAACAAGUUGGAAAACAGCAACACUCAACAGAGUUACCAAAUGCGGCUUCUACUAUUUUAGUAGCGUCGAAACCUGCUGUCCGUGAAACCUGUUCCAAGGUUGACCCUGUUCAGCAAGCUUGGCAACAAGAGGUUUUGGCUCGUGACUUUGAACUUGCUAGAGCAUUUCAAGAAAAUAAAAAAGUAGCAGAAAGUCGAGCAGAUAAUUCGGAUAAAUUUGAAGAUAAUUACUACAAGUCUGCUCAUGCUUCUUAUCUUUACAAAACUUCCGACUUGCAAGCCAUCGGUGGUCAAAAUUCCAAAAAGAAGAUUCUCAAGAAAGAUGGAAGACAGAAAAGAGUAGUAAGAACAGCAGCAGGUGAAAUAUGGGAAGAUACUACUUUAUUAGAAUGGCCAGAUAAUGACUUUAGACUGUUUGUUGGAGACUUGGGUCAUGACGCCACUGACGAGUUGUUGCAAACUACCUUUGGAAGGUUUUCUGGGUAUAAUAUGGCCCGAGUUGUAAAGGAUAAGAGAACAGGGAGGUGUAAAGGUUAUGGUUUUGUAAGCUUUUCCAAGCCAGAGGGGAUGAUACAAGCCAUGAAGGCGUUGAAUGGCAAAUACGUUGGUUCACGUCCUUGCAAGAUACGAAAGUCUACGUGGAAAGAAAGACUGUUAACAAAAGACAAAAAACCUGAGGUGGAGUUACUGCAACAGUUUCGUCAAAGAUUAAAGCAGACAUAGUUUUUACAAGAGUGACCUGGAAAUGGAAGAUUUAUUUUUGUACGUAUGCAAAUGCAACAA